AUGAAGGCUGCUUCCAUCUUCAUCGCUGCUAGCUUAGCCGGAGUCGGCUAUUCCCAGCCUGCGAAACAGAAGAAUUCGACCAUCUACAAUCCUAUCCUUCCCGGCUUCAACCCUGAUCCGAGUUGUGUCUUCGUCAAGGAAUGGGAUAACACCUUCUUCUGUGCUACUUCCACCUUUCUUGCUUUCCCUGGCAUACCAAUUUAUGCAAGCAAGGACCUACAGAACUUCAGACUCAUCGGACAUGCCUUCAACAGACCUGAGCAACUGCCUGCUUUCGGCAACAUCACUGGACAGCAGCAGGGCUGGUACGCUCCUACCCUGAGAUAUCACAACAAGAGAUUUUGGAUUAUCAACUCCUGCGUCGGAGCCGCGACUGGAUAUUGGAGUACUCCAGACCCUUACAGAAAUGAUGCGUGGACUAAUGUCACUCCCACCGAGAUCCCUGGCUACGACCCUGAUCUUUUCUGGGAUGCCGAUGGCACGGUAUAUUCUGCUUUUGCAAAGACUGUGCAGACCGACCCCUUCACUACCGAGAUUCACCAAGUCAACAUCAGCAUGCCAUCGGGAAAUACUACGAUAGACCGCUUUCUGUGGAAUGGCACCGCUGUGCAACCUCCAGAGGGACCUCAUAUGAUGCUGAAGGAUGAUUACCAUUACUUGCUCCUUGCCGAGGGUGGCACUGCUCAGGCUCAUCAAGUCACCAUCGGAAGAGGUAAAUCUGCUCAGGGCCCAUUCGAGGCUGAUCCGGCGAACCCUAUCUUGACUGCCUACAACACGACCGAGUACUUCCAGACCGUUGGCCAUGCGGAUCUCUUCCAGGACGCUGCUGGAAAUUGGUGGGGAGUUGCUCUAUCCACACGUUCUGGUCCUGAAUACGAGACUUGGCCAAUGGGCAGGGAGACUGUGCUUUAUCCUGCAAAAUGGGAGGAAGGACAAUGGCCUGUCUUGGGGGGUCCCGUCAAGGGCAAGAUGCAAGGUCCUUUGCCGCCACCCAACAGGAACAUUCAUGGCAGUGGUGCCUUCAUCAAGGAUCCUGAUUACUAUAAAUUCUCCCCCGGCUCACCUGUACCAUCUCAUUUCUCGUAUUGGCGCUUUCCCAAGACUGAUAACUAUGUUGUCUCGCCACGAGGUCACCCAAACACGUUGAGACUCUUUCCAGGCCGUGCAAACCUGACCGGUGAUGCGGCUUUCAUUCCGACUGACGGCAUCACAUUCAUCGGUCGCCGACAGACUGACACGCUCUUCACUUAUAGCGUCGACAUCAAUUAUACACCAUCGGUUUUCGGAGAAGAGUCUGGUGUCACGCUGUUCCUGACGCAGAACUAUCACGCUGACUUGGGAAUUGUGCGCUUGAACAAGACUGGCAAUUACCUUCGUUUCCGUGCUGAAGGUCCGAAUGCCCCAAAGCAGACUGUGGUCUCAGUCUCCCAGAAGUGGUGCGAACAGGGUAUGACAUUGCAGAUUCAAGCAUACAACACCACCCACUUUUCUUUCUCUGCUGGGCCCAAAGGUGGGCCGAUCAAGCAAGUCGCUACUGUGCCUGCUACGCUUGUUUCGAACGGAUUCACUGGUUCCUUCGUCGGGGUGUAUGCCACGAACAAUGGCAAUGCCCUUGGUAAGACUCCAUCGUACAUCAGCAAUUGGGUCUACCAGGGACAAGGACAGUACAUCGGUGAUGGAGAAUUCUAUCCGAGCAAUGGUCAACGAUCUUAG